CACCAAGCAAAACCUUUCUCUCUCUUCCCUUUUGAGACCCUUUGUAUCUUCUUCAUUCAGGGUCCUCAAAACCUGAGACGGGAAGUUCUGGGAGAGGUGGAGUUUCCUGGGCGGCAGUUCUUUAGCUGAUACAAUGAGCAACAGCAGUGCCCCAGCUCCAGAUACUCCACCGCCAUCAGACAAUAAUUCUUCUUCUUCCAAUAAUACUAGUAAUGAUAAUAAUAAUAAUAACAAUAAUAGUGGCAAUAGUAAUUCUUCAUCGUCUUCCUCUCCUCCUCCUUCUUCUCCCCCGCCAUCAUCUCCUCCACCUUCGUCUCCUCCACCUUCCUCUCCCCCUCCUUCCUCUCCCCCUCCUUCAUCGCCUCCACCUUCUUCAUCACCACCACCAGAUUCUGGAAACUCACCUCCAGAUGCUGGAAACUCACCUCCAGGUUCAUCGUCCUCAUCGUCACCACCACCUCCACAGAGUCCCCCUCAUUCACCUCCUUCUCCUACUGGUAAUACUAAUACUCCACGUACACCGCCCACUACAUUUACUCCACCUCCACCGCCUCAUCAUUCCCCGCCACCACCAGCAAAGAAAGUUUCACCACCACCGCCUCCAAGAUCAUCAUCAUCUUCCUCAUCUUCAUCGUCUGACAAUUACCUCAUAUAUACUGUAGCAGGAGCACUUGGUUUGGGGUUACUUCUCGUUGCUUUGAUCGCCCUUUGUGCUAUAAAGAAUAGGAGGAAGAAGAAAAAGCGCCAUCUACAACACCAUCAACAACCAAUGCCAUAUUAUGAUCAUCAGUCCAACCGAUAUAAAGUUGACCCAUAUUACAACAGUUCACCACAUCCAAACUGGCAGGGAGGAAAUCCGAACUGGCAUCCCCAAGGAGGAGAUGGUGGAAAGAUGCCCCCACCACCAGGAGGUGGUGGCUGGCAUUCUUCUCCAGCACCUCCACAUAUGAUAAGCAGUGGAGAAAUGAGCUCCCAAUACUCUGGCCCAGUGCGUCCCCCCUUGCCUCCUCCAUCCCCAAAUAUUGCUCUUGGAUUUAACCAAAGUACUUUUACUUAUGAAGAGCUAGCAGCUGCAACAGGGGGAUUUGCGCAAUCCAAUCUGUUGGGUCAAGGUGGAUUUGGUUAUGUUCACAAGGGUGUGUUGCCUAAUGGAAAGGAGAUUGCAGUUAAAAGCCUGAAGAUAGGUAGUGGUCAAGGAGAGCGAGAAUUCCAAGCUGAAGUUGAAAUCAUUAGCCGUGUCCAUCAUCGCCAUCUUGUAUCACUUGUUGGAUAUUGUAUUACUGGAGGGCAACGCCUUCUGGUCUAUGAAUUUCUUCCCAACAAGACUAUGGAAUUUCAUCUUCAUGGAAAGGAUCGACCAGUCAUGGAUUGGCCUACUAGGCUUCGUAUUGCACUAGGGUCUGCAAAAGGACUUGCUUACCUUCACGAAGAUUGCCAUCCGCGGAUUAUCCAUCGAGACAUCAAGGCUGCUAAUAUUCUCCUUGACAACAACUUUGAGGCCAUGGUGGCAGACUUUGGAUUGGCAAAACUGUCUUCUGACAACCACACUCAUGUCUCUACUCGUGUCAUGGGGACUUUCGGGUAUUUGGCUCCAGAAUAUGCAUCAAGUGGUAAAUUAACAGAAAAAUCUGAUGUUUUCUCAUAUGGUGUCAUGCUUCUGGAGCUCAUAACUGGAAGGAAACCUGUUGAUAUAACUAUGAUGGAAGAUAGUUUAGUAGACUGGGCUAGAUCAGUUGCAAAUGAAGCACUGGAGAGUGGAAAUUAUGAUCGGUUGGUGGAUCCUCGCUUGGAGAAUAACUAUGAACCUCAUGAAAUGGCACGCAUGGUAGCCUGUGCUGUUGCUAGCGUGCGACACUCUGGUAGAAAGCGCCCAAAAAUGAGCCAGAUAGUUCGUGCUCUGGAAGGAGAUUCUUCGCUAGAAGACUUACAUGAUGGUGUAAAGCCUGGACAGAGCUCCGUCUUUGGUGCCUCAAUGGGAAGCACUGAAUAUAGUUCAUCUUCAUAUUCUGCUGACAUGAAGAAGUUCAGACAGGUGGCUUUGGGGAGCCAAGAAUUUAGCAUUAUAUCUGGGGGGUUGAAUUUAGGUCAGAUUGAAGUCAUUGAUUGGGUUGUAACAUGUAAAUGGUGACCUUCUUUAAUUAAAUUAACUGACUUAAUUUUUUCUAUCAGAUGUAUUUUUACAC